UGAAUCAACGAGGUAUCAAGGGCCAUUCGGGGCUUUUGCCAAGGAAACUUACUGAAACGAACUAUUGCUAGUCCGUGAAGUGUGUUGGCUAGCUAGGCUUAUAAGCCUGCUUCGAGCGCUCUUUUACUGCGGUGAAGUCCUUCGCUUCUCUUCGACGAUCAACGCUCGGAGCAGUCGUUCUUAGCUGGACGCAAGGAAGGAAUUCGUAGAGGACGACGUGCGGGAGUCGAAACAGAUUCGAGGAUGAUGCUGCGUCUGGUAGUGGCAGCCUUGCUGGCUGCAAGUACUGCAAAUGGAAACGUUCUCAGCGCCGCAGUUAUCGGGGUAAACGAAGAUUUCCCGGCUGAAGUGAACGACAAUUUGCUGUUUGGAGAGGAGAGCAAUACAGAUGCGAAUCCUACCAUUGCGUCAGAAGGCACUGAAGCCGCAACAGAAAUGAUGGAACAAAGCACAACAUUUGCAACUCCCAGGCCUAUCAUCAGACAACUUACUACAAGAGCGCCUAAGAGGCCUAUGUGUAAGGUGGAUUCGGAGUGCGGCCGCCCCGGCAAGGUAUUCUGCGACAAGCACUACGGCACGUGUAAGGUGUGCAUUCGCGAGCGCAAGAUGUGCCGGGCAACGCGCACCUGCUGCAAGGGGAUGGAGUGCCGCUACGGCGUGUGUCAGCUGCCGAUCAAGCCAGGACGACUGGGUUCAAGAUGCAAGGCCGACCGGGAUUGCAGCGAUAGCACGUGCUGCGCUCGUCACUGGGGCAGAGAUGUGUGCAAGGCACUGCUUCAGAUCGGUGACCGUUGUCAGCCACCGGCCGGGGGCCUGGUGUGGAGUCUGCACAGCCACUGCCACUGUGCACCGGGAUCGCGAUGCAUCGCCGCAAGGGAGACGUUCCGUCUUCAGGUUGGCUGGUACAUUCUGAGUUUCCCGUUCAUGUCGACCGUCAGCCGCUGCCGUCCAAGUAUGCCAAUGGGAACGCCAACCCCGGCAAGGCCAACAGGCGACACUAUUCAACCUACUCGAGGCCUCUUCUUCUAUUGAACACACUCCGCUAUUUGUUCAAUACGCCAGCAUUGCUUUUGGGGUAGCCACACACGAACAGGCACAUGUGCGCACGCACACACACAUACACACAUACACGCACGCACGCACGCACACUCACGUAGACCCAGCCCUUUUCACCGGGAUGCUCCACUUUGCACAGCGAGGCCUAUAACCCACGAGGCAUAUACAUUAUACAGUGUAGCUAGUCGUUUGCACCCGUACUCAUAAGCUCCAUCAUUCUCCUGCAAGAUACCUGGUACUUGCUCCCUUGCCCUCAGUACCUAACCAGUGAAGUGUAUACACAUAGCAACCUCCAA